GCCAAGGACUCCUUCGUCUCCUCCCUUCAACAAAAACCAUGGGGAGCUUUGGAGGUGCCGAAUCCUUUAGCAUCAAGCGAGGGAAAGCCACCAAUAUUCUUGCUCUUGGAAAAGCCUUCCCUAAGCAACUAGUGAUGCAGGAUCUCCUCGUCGACGGCUACUUCAGGAACACUAACUGCACUGAUCCUGAUCUCAAGAAGAAGCUCACUCGACUUUGCAAGACAACUACAGUCAAAACAAGGUACCUGGUGAUGUGCGACGAGAUUCUCGAGAACCACCCUGAGCUAGCAAGAGAUGGCCAGCCCACGCUGAGGCAGCGGCUGGAGAUCUCCCACGAAGCAGUCACCGAGAUGGCUAUCGAAGCCUCGCGAUCCUGCGUGAAGGCAUGGGGGAGGCCGUUCGCCGCCAUCACCCACCUCGUCUACGUCUCCUCCAGCGAAGCUCGCUUCCCCUCGGGCGACCUCCACCUCGCCCGUGCCCUCCGUCUCAAUCCCUCUGUCUCCCGUGUCAUGAUCUCCUUCGCUGGAUGCUCCGGGGGCGUCGCUGGACUCCGCGUUGCCAAGGACAUCGCGGAGAACAACCCAGGAAGCCGAGUGCUGCUCGCCACCUCCGAGACUACCAUCGUCGGUUUCCGACCGCCGAACCCUCACCGUCCUUAUGAUCUCGUCGGCGCCGCACUCUUCGGAGAUGGAGCAGGGGCCGUUGUCCUUGGUACAGAUCCCAUUCCUGGCACGGAGACCCCCAUGUUUGAGCUGAGCUCAGCCAUCCAGCAGUACUUACCAGACACCGACAAGACCAUCCAGGGUGAGCUCACCGAGGAAGGGAUCAGCUUUUUUCUGGGGAGGGAGCUGCCGCUGGUUAUAGAGGAUCAUGUCGAGGCGUUCUGCAAGAAGCUGGCGAUGGAAGGUGCAAGAGGAGAGAGCCAUGACGUUAACUAUAACGACAUGUUCUGGGCAAUGCAUCCUGGGGGACCUGCAAUACUGAACAAGGUGGAGAGCAAGCUGCGGUUGUGUCCUGACAAGCUCAACGCAAGUAGGCAGGCACUGAGAGACUACGGGAACGCCAGUAGCAACACAAUCAUAUAUGUCCUCGAGAACAUCAUUGAGGAGAGCAGGAAGAAGAAGGAGAGCGGGGAAAGCGACUGUGAAUGGGGUCUGAUACUGGCUUUUGGCCCUGGUAUUACAUUCGAGGGAAUCCUAGCAAGGAACCUGAUGGUCUGAGACAAACCCUAAUUCUGUCUAGGUUUUACGUAGAGAUCAAGAACUCGCACAAGUGUCUCUCUAAUACUCUUCCAAGCAAUAACAGGUAACUAUGACAUGACAUUUCUUGCGCGUCUAUUAUAUGUCAUCUUUAGCGGGGAAGAGGAGGACACGAUGACUCCUUAAUUUAAUGGGCCGUAACUGUAAUUAACGGGCCGCGGGCUGUGAGCCCGUGGGUUUCUUUCUUGUUUGCAACGUUUCGGAGUAGUUCCAAUAAAAAGUCGAGAAAAGCGU